AUGACCAUUGCAAUCCUGCUCGGUCAGACUGUCUUCCUGUUCCUUAUUGCCAAGAAAGUUCCAGAAACUUCCCAAGCUGUCCCUCUCAUCGGAAAGUAUCUGAUGUUUGUGAUGUCGGUGACCACAAUAACUGUGAUGAACUGUGUGGUGGUGUUGAACGUUUCUCUGCGAACUCCAAACACCCACCCCAUGAGCAACACCAUCAGAAAGGUCUUGCUGAACAUCCUUCCUCGACUGCUGAGGAUGACAAUGCAGCGCUGGACACCUGAGCAGGAGGAAGGGGAAUUUAAAAUGUUUGCCCUGGGCAACGGCACUCCGCUUCGCCGCAGGAGACGAAGCUCUUUGGGAUUAAUAGCAAAGGCUGAUGAAUACAUGUUCAGAACAGCACGCUCAGAGCUGAUGUUCAGUCGACUGAAGAAGAGAAAGGGGCUGCUGAAGAACACUUUAGAGAAAAUAC